AUGCAGCUCCGAGGCUGCUCUCUCGCACUGGCGGAAAGAGGAGCCGCGCUUGCGGCUCAGCACAGUGUGCCGGGUGCUGCAGCCCACUGCCGAGCAAACUCCGGCCGUCCUGCUACGUGGGGCUCCACUUCCCAGCUUCCCGGGGUAGCACAAACCACGAUUAACUUAGCUCGGCCCGCUCCGCCUCCGCGACCUUUAUUUGCCGGGAAGGCGGGCUCAGAAGGCGCAGGGCUCUCACCCUUUCUUCCUGUGGGUGCUGGGCUGGACGCCGUGGCCAAUCACAGGCCACGUCAUGUCUCAGCAGCCAAUCGGAAAGGCCAGGGGCACUCACCAAGCCGAGCGCGCUCGAUCGCUCCUCCCGGUCGGCUCGGGGAUGGUUGGGGGUUUUGGCCUAGCUGGCUUGUGCUGUUUUCGCCCGCUGUGGCUAAAUCCAGUGCCAUCGCUCCGCUUGCGAGGCCAAGCCGGAGGAUGCGAAGCGCAGAGGCAGGACGAACGUUGAGGCGAGUUCAGGGCCAUGCCGAUGGGUCUCCGGCUGCGCGCUCUGAAAGGGAAUGGAGGCUUGCAAGCCUCGCAAGAAUGAUUGCAACAUUUCCAAACAGGAUUGCUUCUUUUCCCCCUUUUUGUUUGCUUUGUCCAGAUUCCAGCCAAGAGACUCAUCAGCUCAAGGAAUAAAACUGAAGGGUGUUUUUCUUGAAAAACAUUUGUCUGCUUUAUCUGAUCAAGAAUUCAAAGACUUAUGUAAUGAGUGAUAAACCUAGUUGACAUUUUAUAAAAAUGGACGAUCAGAAGAGGGAAUUGGUCAACAAAGAGGACAACAGUAAGGAAACAAAAAGUGACAACGCUGGACUUGAAAUUGAAUGUGGCUAGAUUUGGAAAUGGUGAUAGCGAAGACAAGGCGAGACCUAGGCCUACAUGAAGCUACAGUACAAACCAUAUUUUAAAAGCCUGAUGCAUAUAAAAAAAUAAGGUAAAGAUGCUUCAGCCUCUUUCAGUUUAAGUUGCACUUGGAAGAAAAGGCCCUUGUAGUUGAGUUGGAGCCUUUACUUCUCCUUUAGAUCCAGGGCUGUAAUGAAAAACAAACCCCAAUCAGUUUCAUUAGCAUUCAGGCCAAAGUAUCUUAGUGCUGCACUGAAGGAGAUGGUAAGUAAUUACAAGGAGACAAACAGGACAUUUUAUUGCCAGUAAAGGCUGCUUGUAUCGUUUCAGAAGUCUGCGUGAAUUCAUUAACGUUAAACCAUCUGGUGAAACUGCAAGCUCAGGUUAAGGACGCUACUGUGACAUUUGCACCCAGAGUCCAAGAAUUACAGACAGUAGUACAAGACUACUGUGCAAAAGACUGCACGAUGUGGAUGGAACAUAAAUGGAGCUCUAGAAGAUGGAGAUGACGCUCAGAAAUUGAAGAAGUAGUGCUGGAUAUGCAGCCAGAGGAACUUAGUGAGGAAAGUGGCUGUGAUGUGAAGGAUGACUGUGUCUCCGAGGAAGUGAUGGAGAUGAAAAACUUCACUAAAGAAACCCUCAGAUUUUUCUGUUGUUGAAAGCACAAAUAAAACUUCAGAAGCUGGUCCAAACCUGCCAUGGCAUAGAAAGGAUGCUCCUAAAGAAAUAAAACAGUAAUUCUCAUUGUUUCUACUGUUUUAAAUAUUUUCCUUUCUUUUUACGUUAUAACCAAGAGAGCUUAAUGUUUUGACAAAUUAUAAGGUCACAGAGUAAUCGUAGAUUAAGAUUGCACACCU